UGCUGUCUUUAUAGAUAGAAAAGGGCACAAGCCCUGAACUAUCCCCCAUACACAAGACAAACUAACUAAAGUGAUUUUGAUCUUUAGGAGACAUCGACAGCGAUGGAGCUUCUUCCUCUUCUGUGUCUCUGCCUCCUGACUCGCUCUGGAAUCACGUCUGCUCAAACAAACGGGCCAGCAGUCAUCAAAGUGAACGAAGGGACUGAUGUAAUGUUGCCCUGCUCUCUCAGCACCAAGGAGAACAUUACUUCAAAACUCUUUGACUGGAAGAAAGUUGCUCAGAAAGAUGAUGGUCAGAAGGAGGUGUUCCUGUAUGAUGGAGGCAGUCAUUACAACAACGGUCUACGUGGUCAGAGUGAAGAGUUCAAAGGUCGAGUCUCUCAUUUUCAAGAUGAACUGAAACACGGCAACGCCUCCAUAAUCAUCAGAAAUACAAAGAUAUCUGAUAAUGGAGGCUACACCUGUGAUUUUCCUCGUCUUCAGCCACCUCAAACAUUCAACAUUGAGCUUGUUGUCAGUCCUAUCUUAAAAUACAGAAGAGGGGAAAACAUCACAGCUUCAAAACCAUCUGUCACAAUACGUAAAACUGAGGAUGGAGUGCUGCUGCAGUGUAAAGUUCAUGGCACUCCAAAACCUAAAGUAGAGUGGCAGGACAUUGCUGGAACCAUCCUUACUGCUGAGGAGCUCCAGGUCUCAGAAAGAGAAGGCCGUUUCUACAUCACUCUCACCGCUGCUGUGACCAGGGCUCACUUCUAUCGCUGUGUAGCAACACAGAAGACAAUCAAACAUCAGAUUUCUACAUGGAUUUAUGUCAAGGCGUACAGCUCUGGACCGCAGACACAUCCUUCAGAUCAAAACUUGAGGAAAGUGAUGAUUGGAGUUGCUGUUGGAGUUCUCGCAGAAUUUCUGUUUUUUUAGGUGUUCGUUUAGCAUCGUCCUGAAAUUGCUGUAACUA